UUCUCGAGGAGUUGUGGAGAGAUUGGAUCGUGCAAAGUUUUUGAGAGAGAGAAUUUAUGUGAAGAGGGUGUGCUUAAGUGACUUCAGUAUCGCCACAGUUGAGUCAAUAGAUUUUUCCAGCGGAAAAUAACACAAAAUGGAUCCUAAUAAGCAACCUCUUAAUGGGCAAGGACGCUCUUCCUUGUUAGAGAUGAUGAAGCAAAGAGCACAAAUGCAACGAUCUCAAAGGUCGUCCCAUUCUCUAGAAACACCUAGUAUUUCAUCAGCUGAACAGACAUCAAGAUCAUCUGAAGGAUAUUCAUCUCAUGCUUCAAUAAAAGCAUGCGCUAACUAUAUAGAUUUGACAUUAGAGCAUGGAAGAGGUCGAUUUCAAUACGAAGUCAAAUUUUCGCCUGAUAUUGAUUCAAUAGGCUUACGUCGUAAACUACUUAAUCAACAUUUUGCUGCAUUAGGAAAAGGAAGAACAUUUGACGGAGCGUCACUUUAUGUACCACUAAAAUUGCCACAAGAUGUUUUUCACUAUAAAUCGGAACAUCCAAUGGAUGGUUCAACAGUAACUCUCACAAUCAUUUUCAAAAAGAAAGAAUCAAUGAGUAGUAGUGUUCAAUUUUUCAAUAUUUUGAUUAAUCGUAUGAUGCGAGCGCUUUGCUUAGUUCCUAUUGGUCGACAAAAUUUUAAUCCAAAAGGCGCGCACGUUCUGCCUCAACAUCGAUUAGAAGUGUGGCCUGGUUACGUGACUGCUGUACAUGAAUACGAAGGUGGUUUAAAAUUGUGUUUAGAUGCGAAACAUCGAGUGAUGCGAACAGAUACUGUGCGAGAUUUAAUAAGAGAGAUUUUCCAAAAAUCACAUCAUAAUUACCAAGAUGCUGUUAUAAACGAAAUAGUUGGUACAAGUGUACUAACGAGAUAUAAUAAUAAAACAUAUCGUAUAGAUGACAUCGAUUUUAAUAAAACACCAACAAACACGUUUUCUAAAAACGGCGAACAAAUAUCAUACAUCGAUUAUUAUCAGAAAAAUUGGAAUAUCGAGAUUCAAGAUUUACAACAACCUCUUUUAGUACAUCGUGAGACAGCUAGAUUACCAAGUGGCGAGAAAGAGGAAAGAACGAUUUAUUUAAUACCGGAAUUGAGCUAUGCAGCCGGUCUGACCGAUAGUGUUCGUAAUAAUCAUUACGUUAUGAAAGACCUAAGCGCAGUAACAAAAAUGUCGCCUAAUCAACGGCGAGAUGUGAUCAGGCAGUUUGUAGAAGAAGUCCAGAAGAAUGAUGUAACUCGAGAAAUAUUAGCAGUAUGGGGCUUGCGUUUAAGCCCUGAUUUAGUUCAAUUUACUGCAAGACGUCUAGAGCCUGAAACAAUACAUUUUGGAAAUAAUAAAAUUUAUAAGACGAAUGAAAAAGCAGACUGGAGUAAUGCUGCUGUAAAAAAUCCCGUGUUACGUACUCCUAAUUUGUCCACGUGGAAUAUUAUAUACUCUAUGAAGGACAAAGCUUGUGUAAAGGACUUCUUAGGACAUUUGGAAAAGGUUGCAACUGCAAUCAAUAUGCGAAUUAAUAGUCCAAAACAUAUUACUUUAAGAGAUGACAGAACUGAAACUUAUCUACGAGAAAUUCAAAAUAAUCUCACCGAUAAUCUCGAAUUAUUAGUCAUCGUAUUUCCAACCAACCGCACUGAUCGCUAUUCGGCAAUAAAAAAAUUAUGUUGUGUACAGAAAGCUAUACCAUCACAAGUCAUCAUUUCGAAAACAAUUUCUAAGCCUCCUAAAUUAAAAAGUAUCACAGAAAAGAUAGCACUUCAAAUCAAUUGCAAACUAGGAGGAGCACUGUGGACUCUCGCUUUGCCACUAAAAAAUUGUAUGAUAUGUGGUAUAGACGUUUAUCAUGCUGGUGUUGGAGGAGGUUCACGAAAAAGUGUUGCGGGAUUUAUUGCUAGUUUAGAUAGUCAAUUGACUAAAUGGCACAGUAGAAUUUGUAUGCAAGCCUCUAAGCAAGAACUAGUUGAUAUGCUACAAGUGUGCCUUACUUCAGCUAUUAAUGCAUUUCACAAGCAUAACGGAUGUAAUCCAGAGCGUAUAAUUAUAUAUCGUGAUGGGGUUGGUGAUGGAGAUUUAGAUUACGUAGAAAAUUACGAGGUAAAACAAUUGUUAGCGACGUUUAAUCGCAUAGCCCCGAAUUACAAACCGCAACUUAGUGUAAUUAUAGUUCAAAAACGCAUUAACACGCGGAUAUUCAUCAAAGGAAGGGAUGGUUUAAACAAUCCUGAACCUGGAACUAUUGUUGAUUCGUGUAUAACAAGGCGAAAUUAUUACGAUUUUUUCCUCGUGCCGCAAAAUGUGCGACAGGGUACAGUAACACCCACACAUUACAUCGUCAUUCAUGAUUCAUCAAAUAUGGAAACAGAUCACAUGCAACGAUUGACAUAUAAACUUUGUCAUUUAUACUAUAAUUGGCCCGGUACAAUACGUGUACCAGCUCCUUGUCAAUACGCACACAAACUUGUGUACCUGGUGGGACAAAAUCUUCUAGCUGAGCCACACCGAUCCUUUUCAGAUAUUUUGUUCUAUUUAUAACUUCAUCAUUAUCUAAUGUUACUUUUGUCUCACUCACCUUCUAUUUUUUUUUGUUCUCUUUAAAUGACGUAC